AUGUCACUCCUAAAAGACACAGAUGACUUACCUUUCAAACUAAACUUGGAUGAACUAAAAGAGGAACUGUCAAAAAAUGGGCUGGUACUAUGUCCUGUUAAAGGUUGUGAUCAAGACUUCAAGUCUCUCUGGGGCCUCAAAUACCAUGUUAGACGAGCCAACCACCAAGAGGUCUCAUCAGAGAGGAAGUUUAAGUGUGAGCAGUGUAAUCAAACGUUUCAGUCUCGAAUUGCUUUACGUGAACACAGAACAUUGGAUCAUUCAGGGAGUGAGAGUAGAAGUCCACUAGCAAGUCCAGGGUGAGCUAUGUUAUGUUAAAUUAGUUAAGGUGAUAAAACCACAGGGCAUGCAUACUAUGUUAUAGCCUUCAGAGCAGGCCUAAUUAACUGAAAAUUAUGGCUGCCAAUUCUUUGAUGUUAAUGGCAGUGGAAGGCUGGGAAGAGAAAGAAAUUUAUACUAAGGGGGUGAGUGACAGUAAAAAAUAAGGAGAGGGGUGGGGGUGAUCAAGGAAAUAUUAUGCUGUCUUUUGGCCACUCCACACCCCCUCCCCCACUGUCCACUCUAGCUCCAAAUCAAACAUGGCAGGUUAAAUAAAUGAUUGUGCACUUAACUGGUCCUAAGAAGAUGCCUGAUAUUUGAAUAUCUGAAAUAAAAUGUCACUUAAUAAAUGUCACUUUAUUUGACUAUCAAGCUAAGCUCCAAACUCCAAACCCUUCCUCCUGUAUCUUGAAAUUAUUUCCAGUUAUUUGAGAGUUUGUCGCAGCAAUUGUAAUACAUUACCACAUUCGAAAUAAGCUGUGGGAUUUAGCUUUUCAAAUAAAUAUUUUCUGCUAGAAACCCACAAUGAUAGAAAUUUCCUAGACUAUUGGACCAGGCAUAAAUUGUCUACUAUUAAUAAGGAUCAAUCUUUACUUUAUAGAAUUUUCAAUGAAAUGGAGGGAAAUGCUACAUCAUCAAAAGGAACUGUAAAGAGGAAACGAGGUAGGCCAAAGAAAAAUACAGAUACAUCAGCCAAGAACAAUAACAGUGUAACUUUUGAUUCGACGGAGAUGAACAAGGAUACCAGUGAAACAUUAUCUCCAUCAGUUGAAUUACUCAAGAAAGGAGAAAAUUCUGAUGGCACUGGAAGAAGAACUUCUACAAGAGUACGGACCCCUCGAAAAAACACUUUUGUUUAUGAGGAGGAAGAUACAACUAAAAAUAAAAGGGGGAACAAACGAAGGAAAGAGGACAGUGAAGCUGGUGUUUCAGAUAAUACCCCUAAAAAGAGAGGAAGAAAACCAAAAAGUUCAUUAGUGGAAAGUCGUAAUGUUAUUGAGGGACCUUGUAAAAAACAUGGAAGGAAGCGCAAAGGUGACACUGCCAGUUAUGAAUCUGAUGUUGUUAAUGUUGGCAAUGAAAAAGUGAGAGGAAUUGGUAAUGAUAAAGUGGACAGAGGUACCAAUAUUGUUGGUGAUGGAGAGGAUAAUGUUCAUGAAGGUGAUGUUGCCAAUGAAGUUGACAUUGUAAUUGAGGAUGGUGACGGUAUUGAUGAUGACAAUGUUGAUGAUGAGAAUGAUGAUGGUGAUGAUGAUGACAGUGCUGGCCAGGAAAGUGAUGAUGAUGAUGCUGAGGAUAGUGAUAAUGAUGAUGAUGAUGAUUUUGAAAAUGAUGAAGAAAGUACUAAGAAAAAAGCUAAAGACACCAAAAAAGCAGGUAUAGUGAAUUUACGAGGAUAAUGAUGAUAAGAGAUAAACUUUGUUCAUUUGUCUCAUGAUAAAGUCUUUUUUGAUGUUGAUCGCAACAUUUCAACCACAAUACUGCCAGUCUUCAUCAGGGGAUGAGGUCAAUUAUUUACGUGUUGCUAUUUGUAGCACGCUGGUACACUGCUAUUGGCGCAUUUCAAUCCUCAUUAUUAUUUCAGUUGCUAGAUGAUGUUCCCUCAUAGGUCUUUAUAGAUUAGCUGUUGUGUUGUUUGAUUGUGAUCAGUUUUGGAAAGUAAAGCUGGUAUCAGUGGUCACACUGUAAGAGUCCUUCUUAAAUGUCUAGGUACUGUUCUUAUUCAUGAUAGUCACUUUCUUUCAUAUCAUUAUUUAAUGGAAAAGAAGCUACCAAGCCAGCAAAGAAGGGCAGAUUAUCAAAGGUUUGUUAAACAUUGAGGUUUAAAAAUUAGUUGUAGUGUACUAAGUGUAUCUGAGUCAGGUGGAAUCCUUUUGAGAAAAGUUGCUGCAUUAUGAUGAAUUUAUUUAGGAACAGUAAGUCGUGUUUACAAAAGAGCAGUGUGAUAUUAACCUUCAAUUUCCCAACUAUGGUUUCGAUAAAUUUUUUUACAUAGAAUUGCAUCAUUAUACUGCUCCAAAACCUUUUUGUUUAAAACAACUUACUAAAUGUGCUUUUGUUUUUUGUUAUUCUGAGAAACUACUAAGUACAAGAACUAGUUAUUUCAUUUUGUGUUACACAAACUUCCCACGUUUAAACCUUAAAGAUUCUGCUGGCUGAAUUGUACAUGCCACUCAAAACCGCCUUACGCAAGAGCAUUUUUGGGACUGUAAAGAUUGAACAGCAUCAUAAAGGGUAUCACAUAUAUUUUCAUGCUGUUAUCUAGAUCAUUGUUAAAUGAUGAUCAUACAUUGAUACCUUUUGCUUUUAAUUUUUUUCCAACAGAAGGAAGUGACUGAGGUAAUGUUUCCUAUUAGAAACACAUCAUGAUGCAGAAUCAUGUGAAUAGAUGCCAGUAGUUUACAAGGCAAUAAAUAAUGGUCCUAUAAUAAUUAAUAUAGGAAAGCAAACUAUUGAUGGAUGUAAUUUUGAAUGAAAUCCUACCUACUGCAUAUUGCUCCUCAGAGAUACAUGAUUUUAUUAACUUCACAAUUUUCAACUUGCAAAUAAGAAGCACUAUUAAUAAUAAAUGUAAAUGUUUAACCCUUUAAUUCCUGUGAGUGACCAAGACAGAAUUUCUCCUUACAAUAUCAAUACAAUAUCAAACAGACAAAUGAUGAGAAUAAAGAAAAUUAUUAAUUAUGGGAUUACUUAUUGAUCUGAUACCAAAUUCUCCAAACUAACAUAAUGAGAAUCACUUGGGAGACAGUAAGGAGAACUAGUAAGGAGAUCUUGGGAGUUAAAGGCUUAAUUCUCUAUGAUCUUCAUCAUGGGGGUGUUUAAUUUCAGUGACUGAAUGGUUUUUCCUGGAAAUGACCUUCAUUUUAUUUGUUUUUGUUGUUGAUGUAAGUUGUUUUUUUUUCUUCAUAGACGAGUUUGUUUGAUAUUCAAUGAAACUCCUAGUUAAAUGAAACACACUCAUAUGAUUAAGUUAAAUUGCAUGGAAAACUUAAACAUCAAAUUUUGUAACAUUUCACCAUCACCCAUGCCUUUACUAACUGUAGUAUGAACAGCCUAGAAUAUUUACAUCUUUCAUUUCAGUCUACAAGGCUGAAAAGACUCGUGAAGUCAGGACAGUCUUUAGCGUGCCCAAACCAGGGGUGUAGAGCGAAGUUCACGACUGCCCUUGGAUACCAAAGCCACGUGAAAAUAUGUGGGAUAAAAGAGGAGGAGAGAGAGAAGUUUCCUUGUGAGAUUUGUGGAAAACAAUACAUGUCCUAUCCAGGACUUACAUAUCAUAUGAAGGCUAAACACACCCAGGUAACUUUUUGUGCUGUGCCAAUUUAAUUAAUGCAAGAUACUUGAUGCAGAUGAUGUUAUUUUGUGUAUGCUGUCUUCAUGUAUCUUUAUCUCCUGUAAUUGAUGUAUUUUUUCUUCUACCUAGAGUGAACCCAUCAACAGUGAUCAUUCUGAGGUUAAGGAUGAGGUACAGCAAGAUUAAAUUGUUUUUUCUUAUUUCCAGUUACUAUGGAAACAUUUUUUUUUACGCUUCCAACUUAGAGCCCUGUACCAUCGAUAUCCAAACUUUUUAUUUCUACCUAGAUGCCCUUUAGGAUUCUUUUGUACUAACUUUCAAAAUGUUAGAUUUUUGAGCACUUCCAUUUUUAAAACUUAUGGCCAUGUUGCUCAAAGGAUGUGUGCGGUUUGGGGUCCGAUGACCAACAAAACAAUAGGAUUGACUCUAAACACAACUUUAAUCAAAGCAUGCUUCUUAUUACAACAUGGCCAGUUCAUUCUCAUGUCCCUGAUAUGCCGCUUAUAUAAUGUAAGUCCUAAUGGGAUACAUAGAACACUACAGGAUGGAUAACACUUUUGACUGGAUAAAUUUCUAUCUGGUAGAUAGUGCAUUAUUCACUGGAUAAUGAUUUAUCCUCUGGAUGGCUUGAUCCACUCUUUGAUCAUCUGACCCUGAUGUUCAUCCUUGUACUCUGAUAUUAAAGUGUUCUGGAACUCAGACACUUUUUGUAAAGCUCAACAAAAUGUCAGUUGAAGCCUGAGAUAGAGGACUUUUGAUGUUGAUUAGCCUUUUGCUUUCUUAGGAAGAGGAGCCUGAAAUUCUACCAAGUGGAAGAAGAAGAAGAAAGGCAGCUUCAAGGUAAAGUGGAACGCUGCAGGAAUGCAACACAGUAUUCUUGUUGGCGUCUUAAUCUUGAAUCCCACUCUUUGAUGCCUGCUCUCUUGCUUAAUUUUCAUGGGGCUACAAUUUAGGUCUGAUUAAAACCAAGUCAGUGCAGUGCUUUAACCCAGGGAGGUUUUCAGGGGCAUUGCUACAUGUUUUUGCUUGAAUUUCCUGCCGCUUUUCUCUCUAUUUUCUGUCCUUUCCCCUUCCACUUUUGGGUGAAAAUUUAUUCCACAUACCAAUUUGUAGGUGUUGUGUGACAGGUGUCUUGAAGUGGCCUGCUGUGCAGUUGCCAUGGUGACUUCCUUGUUCCUGAGGAGUAUUGCUGCCCUCCCCUCCUUUGUGGUUACCAUACCCACCCUCCACUGUUAUUGAAGAAGUGUUAACAUGUGUUUGAGUGAAACAAUUUCCAACAAAUUGACAACCUACUUAUAAGCUCUUGUUAGUGCUUGGGCCAUAAGUGGAAAAGCAAUGAGAGACAAGUUGUCAAGUGACCAGCUUUUUUCUUGUGAUUUUUGCCCCCAUGCCCACCAAUACUCAGAGGACCUGCUCCUGGGUUAAUGCAUUUAAGGGGAAAGAACCUGAAUUUUAAGUGUACAUGGCGCCUUAACUACUUACAUGGGAAUUAAGGACAGUUUUUUGGGUCAUGCAGCUGUAGUUAUGCUACCAGAAAGCAAAAUCCUAGGCCGACAGACCAUAGAUGCAAGCCUCGCCUUCUAGAAUUCAGCCAAUUUAAUCUGUUUCAUCAUUUUUUUUUAAUUAUUAUUAUUAUUAUUAUUAUUAUUAUUAUUAUUAUUAUUAUAUCGCUAAAGGGCCAUAUCAAAGGUACAGCAAAUAACAACAGACCAAGAACUUGAAGAAAUCAAUCUGGCCAAAAAGACAGAAAAGAGAGCCCUUGGCCAGCUGAUAUCCAAAAUUAAAGGAAGAGUUGUUUCAAAGGAGCAAGAGGACAAAUGGAAUGAGAUGCUGAAGACAGAGUCAGAUAUAGUUUGUCCUGGCGUGGUGAGUUUUUAUACUGCAUGACAGUCAAGUGUUGUGUGUCAUGUUUUGUGGGUAAGACACAGGAGGGGAGAGUAUCAGACAUAAAAAAUUAUGCACUCUUUCGGGUGUUGCACUGGAGUUUCAGUAAUUAGGCUGGUUGCUAGUCUACCGCUACCUGUGAAACCUCUUACUGCUGUCUGUUUAUCCUGCAUGUAAAGGCUGUCAUGUUUGGGUUGUGCCAGCAUUGCAGCCUUUUUUUUUUCGGGCACAGCCGCGUAUGGAAAAAGUUAUUCAAACUCCUGGUUUUACAUAUAUUUUGUUUUCAUUCUCGACUUUCUUCAGGGGUGUUCAGAAACAUUUAAGGAAGUGUCAAGCCUCAAAGAGCAUCUGCAAUCCUGUGCGAAAGCGAUCUCUUACAAGUGUCUGGCAUGUGGCAAGAAGUAUCUAUCCUUACUAAUCAUCCAGAAGCACAUCAAGCAUCUUCAUGUUGGAUAUAUGGUAAAUAUUAUUUUUUAAUCAAAGAACAGUGUCAUUAAUUAAGGCAAAAUGAUGGCUGUUCUUGAUAACAUCCAUUGCUGCCGGGGUUUCAUUAACAGGCGGCAACCAGUGGUUUACCCCCACCUCUAAGCCUCGUGUAGCCUACUUCAUUUCGACGUGAUCAGUUACCUCAUCGCGUGUCCAUUUGUGCUGUAAUGGAUUAACCCUUCAUAACCUAAUAUCAGUAUGCAUAUUCUCCAUACUGUUCUCUAUAUAUUUCCCAAGUUACUAUUAGGGACAAUUUCUUUAACAAUCAACAGUUUUUUAAUUGGUGAUAAUUUCCUUUAUUCUCGUGACCUUUAAGUGUGAUUUUGCGAAGAUAUUGUAAGGAGAAAUUAGAUGCUGGUCACUGUGAGGAGUCAAAGGGUCAGAGAGGCUAUCAGAAUAGCCAGCUCUUACAUGUGAUUUACUUUUUGUAAAUUAACAGCCAAAGGGAAUGGAGAAGUCCGACAGCAGUGAUGUGGAUUUUCAAGCUGCCAGUUCAGGAGAGAGUGAAGAUGACAGUGACGAUGUAGAGAUUGAAGAGAUCGACGACAGUGGUAGCGAACUAAAUGACCACCUGGAGGAUGCAGAAGAAAUUGUUGUCUGGGAUGACACGAGAGCAAAGUUCAAGAAACCAAGAAAAAAGAGACAACCGCCUAGCAGAACGUCUGGCGAAGAUGUGAGAUUUGGACCUAUUGGGGCAAAGGACUCGGAGAGUUACACAACAACAGAAAGCUGGUAAAACAGUAAAGUCUUGGUGGUAAUGAAAAGCAUAUGCGCAAGACAGAACCUUUGAAAUUUUGGUGCGCUUAAAAGAUGAAACGCCCGAGUUGAUAUCGAUUAUUUUGCUAUGGCUUUUGCGGCCCCUGCAUCCUUUAUUGCCCAUCAAUUGCACAAAAAAUUCCCGUACGACGACCCUCACUUUUGAAACGAGACUGAUAAGUGCAAAACCUCUGACCAAUUAAUUUCAUAGCAAACGGUUUAAACCUACCAUUGUCAAAACAGAGAUUGUGUGCAACUCGGAAAUAGCUUUUUGAUGUUGCCUUUUUUUGUUUGUUAAAGAACUCAUUUUGUACCUCAGGGUCUCUUAAUUUGAUUGUGUGUUACUACUGUUGUAAUCUUUAGGCGCAAGCAAGAGUAUACACAUAAGGACCUGUUCCCAAACUUGAGACCCUCCUCCUCAUACUGGUGUAAAGUUGAGCUCAGGUAAAUCGUUGUCAUGGUUUAAUUGCGUUUGGUAUUCCAUUUUCGAAUUUUCCAAUGUGUAAUGGAUGAAGUGUCCGUAUAGUGCGUGUAUCUCAGUCCAGAUAAGGCCUAAUAAAAGUUCUGCCAAUGAUCAUUGUAAAAAAGUUUACCCUUAAUAGGAUAUGUUUGGGAUUCUAAAGCCCUCUCUAAAAAUGUGUUUGUGGCUGUGAUCACAUGACUGUAAAAGGUCCUUUGGAUUUUGUACGUUCUGGAAACCUGCUACACCAUUAGGUACUUGGCAAAUACAACAUCUAAGUAUAAAGAUACACUUGAUAGUGAUUAUCCUUCUUCUAAAAUAUUCUGCAAUGAUAACUUCAAAUACUUUCUUAAUUCACCCAGUCACAACUAAUUUUUCCAAGAUACACGAACCACAGUUUUUAGAUUUUGUGUAUCAGUACUUAUAUUUAUACUUAGAUAUUUCAGAUAAAGAGCCAUCUAAUCGAAAAGCUAAAAUAAAGUCAUUUUUGCUAUUAUCAUUAUUAUUUUAUUAUAUAUUGUAUCAUAUUUUGAUGAGAAACGCAUGAAGACCAAUUAUCCGAGUUAUUCACCAUUUUGGAUGUGUUUAUUUAAUUCGAUUUUUCUCUUCUUUUAAUAGUGAAGUCGACCAGUAUUUACCUGAAGCAACCACCUCACCACCGUUUCAAAUAAGAAGAAAAGGAGACAGUCAGAGCUCGGAGGAGAGCAUAGAACUUCCAUUGUUUGAGAGCACAUCUAAAGAUCAUAGUAAGAUAUGCAACGGAGCCUCGUUCAAUUAAAUUUUGAAGAUAAUGUGUAUUAGGGUACUAAGGUAGACGAGUCUAGUCACUCGAGCUGAAGGAAAUACUAAAAGAUGUAAAUUCUACAUUACUCUGUCCUGGUCAAAAAAAAAAAAAAAAAAAAAUGAACGAUGUGAGGGCUUUGCCGUUCACAACAGACCUUUCGAGCAUCAAACCGUCAAUAGCGGCGCAUAUUUCGCAAAUUUAGGCUGAUGCCUUGAUCUUGGUUGAAAAUAAAAUUGUCAGGGAAUCAACAUUUAGUUUCUUCUUCAAGAGGUGAGCAUCAUAGCGUUGAAAUGAAAGAAAGAACACACUUUCAAGUCUAAUAGCAAAAAUUAUAACCUAAAAUAAUAACAAAUAGAAAUGCUAUGAAAGACGACAUAACUUAUACCGCUGUAUUUCAUGCCGAUAAUUUGUGCUUUGUACUUUGCUGGCAAUCAAUAAAGUUACUUCUUGUUAGGUUCUCUCCAUGGUGACGUUACCUUCAAUGUUGGUGGACCAGUCUGGGCAAUGGAUUGGUGCCCAGUACCAGGUAACUCAUCUAGUUUGUGUCCCUUUCAGACCUGUGUUAUUUGGAGUUUGAUGCAGUUAUCCAGAUGGGGUACAGAAGAUUAACCAUAAAAUAAACCAUUAUUUACCUUGCUUUGUUUUGUGAUAUGUAUUUUAGACUCAACCAAGAAUUCAGAUCAGUAUUUGGCAAUUAGCACUCAUAGAUCAUUCGAUGAGGUGAGUCGACACAACGUCUGAUAAUCUGAAGUAUGAUUCAAAAGGGAAAUCAAAGUGCUAUGGUUUUUAGAAAGCAAAGUAACAACAAAGAUACUAAGAACGAAUCAACCAACUUGGUACAUGAAUAAAGGGGGUUAGUUUCUAAAAAAAUUGUGGUGUUGAGUCGGUGGGGGAGUAUAACAGGGUAAUUUGGUAGUACCAACUGAGUUGAUAACGUAAAUUGGCUACCGUUAAGUGUUUCAAAGCUGACGUUUGGAACGUGAGCCUUUCUUCAGAGCGAAAGACGAAGGGCUAACGCUCGAAACGUCAGCUUUGAAACUUUUAACAGUGGCCAAUUUACAUUAGCAACUCAGUGGAUUCAACCAAUCAACAAACUUGGUAGCCGAUUAAGAAGACACACAGAGAUCAUCAAUCCAUUGUUCCUUUCUCUCCAGAUGGAGAGUAAUGCUACUAUAGCACAAAAAAGGGCAUAGAAUGUCUCUGUUUUGUUCUCGCUGGGCGACAUUUAAGACCAUUUGUGUUGUUCAAGAAUAGGAUGGGAAACUCGCUCAAAGAUUAGUUAGCACAGAAGAAUACCCAUAGUAACCUCUCGGUGAACUCAAAAGCAGUUGGAGUAUAUUACAAUGAAACACUUUGACCUAUUUGAUACGGUGUUCUUGUAUGAUAUAUUAAUUGAAAACAAUGACUUUCUUUCAAAUAUUUGCCCCAUAUCUAAGGCGUCGCAUCAUUUCAUCCUAGGUUCACAAUGUUCAUAAAUGUUUUUCAAGAAAAGGACUUAUACAACUGUGGAAUGUUGGUCAGUUAAAAGUGAACUCAGCUAGGUAAGAGUUAAUGAUAGUUUUUUUGCUAGAGUUUUUUGCAAACGCGCGUAUUUAUACUUAACGUUUUUUGUUGUUGCUGAAUUCUUCAUUUUUAAAAAAAUCUUACAACAAAGAAGAUUUUUAGUGUGAGAUAUAUUCAGUGCGCCUCUCGUUUGUGUGAUAAUAGUGAUUUCUUUGCGGUCAUACUUAACUAGUUACUUUGCAAAACUCCAUGUAAAAUCGGUCGCACUCGCCUCCUCUGACUUUAACUGUUGGUGACAUUUAUGGUUAUUUUAUUUGUUUAUUUACUUACCCAACCAGAUAUCUUUAAGUUGUAUUAAACAACGUUUUAUUUCAAUUCCUUUCAACUGUAAGUUGUGAUUUUUAUUCUAAAGGAUCCCUUUAUUACCAACAAAAGGGGCUUGCAGAAUCAGUGCUCGACAAGUAACGUAAGCCCUUUUCCUUUUCACAAUUUAGCUGGAAAGCUCUUCUCUCUUUCAGUUCAGGGUCGAAACCAACCUUGUCACUCGGCAUAGCGCACGAUUUUGGUGCCAUAUGGGACAUCAGCUGGUGUCCGUCUGGAACAUGGGAACCUUCCUUAUCUGAUGAAAACCAAGUAAGUACACUAUGCCCCCUUAAAAUAAACAUUUCCCAUGGUGAGAGAGGCGGAUGGACGUGAUUGCUUACUAGUCAAAACUGAUGAAAUCCAUAAAAAUCCCUCCUGUUGUUUGAUCUCGAAGUCAGACUGGGAGCUAGAUUCAAAGAUGUUGUUUGCCUUUUCCUCCAUUUGUAUCUUGAGACGCACUUUGCUGAAGUUGAAAUUUGGUAGGAAAUUAUUUUUGAAUCCCGAUUGGCGACAUUGGGAAUGACAGAGAGCCAUUUACUCGUUGCCUUUAUUUCACUUUGAAAUUUCUCACAAAAAAUUCUCUUCACUUUGAUCAAGUUACAGGGAGCCAACAUCCAAAACUCGCCUUGGUAGGAGUUUAAGAAGACCACGACGGCAACCCGUCAUCUAAACAAAUAAUGAACUCAAUAGUUUUUAUCUUGAUCACGUUUACAUGACAAGGUGGAAUAACCCUUUGCGUUGCCCAGGCGGAUUGCGCACUGGUUCUAUAGGAGAUAGGCGAGAACCAGACUUAAUGACUUUAGAGUGGCGUUCAUGUUUUAUUAGGGACCUUUAGCAGUCAGGACGGCAACGCUAAUAACGCUCCAAAGACGUUAGGGCCUUCGAUUAAAAAUGAAUUUCUGCCUUUAAUCUCUUUUUAGAAUUUCAAAAAUGGCUGCAUGUGUUUAUCGUCUCAUACGGCGCCACACCUCAACUUCGAUUAAAAAUGAACUGCCUUUAAUUAAAAAAAGUGUUCAGCCACACCUCAAAAGGAAAUUAAAAUAAUUUGCCGUCGCGGUUUCGGUUCGCAGACGACGCAAAUUGUGGUGAUUUCACGUCGUUGUUUUGCAUGGGACGGCUAAGAAAUGUACAAAGUUUUAAAACGCACGUGCUGAGCUAUUAUUCUGCCAAUUAGAUCUUUUGUUUUUCCAUGUUCUCGUUGUCGUCGCUGUCGUGGUUUGCAUAAGGUCCCCAUUUACAAGCGCGCCAACAACCUCGCCCCGGGAUCCUGGGGUUGUGAAAUUGUAUGUAAACGCGGGCUUUUUCUCGACCACGGCUAGAAAAGUUACCUAACCUACUUGGGAUCUCCCACCUUCUAGUAAACAGGCUCUUAGAAACUCUUUAGGGAGAAGAAAAUUUACCAUCAUCAUCUCAGUUGUUAAAACCAAAUUACCUUGUAGUUCCCCCCUCCAACGUAGCACCAAUCAGAUAUUUGAUUCCAUUACUAUGUCAUCUUUGCUAGACAGAGUGUCUUCCUCGUCUUGGUGUUAUGGUUGUAGCAUGUAGCGAUGGCUUGCUUCGGAUUCUGAGGUAAUUUAAGAAACCUUUUUGCUGUAAAGUUAUGAUUCACAGCAUCUCUAGGCACACACUGUGAUACACAGCGUUUUUUUGGUGAUUGGGAUGAUAUUUUUGACUAGAAAAUUGAUUGGAUUAAAUUGUCGAAAGACAUGAUAAACUAUUUAGUUUUAAUGGAGAAGAGCUCACUUUGAUAUUAGUCAAUAACCGACAAAAUUCCAGUCAAACACCUCAAUAUUCCGAACAGUGAAUAUUUUGUUAACUGUCGGGCCACCUUUCGCCAUCCAUUUGUUUCCUUGUUCUGAAAAACUUCAUGAUUGAAAAAGGCUACCGAGACGUAAUCUGGCAAUGUUUUAAGAAGGCAUGUCUUAGAGUUUUGCGAAAUUGAACUGAAAAAUACAGCAAAAAAGAAUCCCUGUAGUUAUCUGUAAAUAGUAGUCGAGUGGCGUAGAUACGACUUACAACAACUUAAAUCAGAUGCAGUACAACAUUACCGGAGAAAAAAGGAUCAAAGGUGGGUAAUAGUUUUAAAUUAGAGGCCAACUUUGCUUCGUCUUUGUUCAACUCAACUGACGCUGUUUGUUUCGCAGCAUUCCUUGGCCAUCUGAGUUGGAAUCUACCCAAGAGGUGAAGGACUCAAAGAACAAUUUUAAGACAGGUGUGGUUUUUAACAUGAUUUUAGACAGUUUUUUUUUCAUGGAUUAAAAAAUUAAUUUUAAAAGAACGUCCUUAUUUAGCGGAAGUGGCGAAUUGCGUUUUUAAGGUGAUUAUCCAAAACAGCAUGUAGCCUCGCACAUUCUUUUGGUUUUUGUUGAAAACCGCCGGUCUGGUCGCGCCAUGGGUAUUUCGGCUUGGCCAAACUGGGACUUAUAUGAUGAUAUGCUGGAUGUUAUACCGUUCGAAAAGGUAUAACAAAGUGCAAGAACUGAUCGGGAACAAGUGCUGAUUUUGGGUAAAAUUCUAUAGUUGUUUCAUACUCUGUAUUAUCGGCCAGUUCUGUUUCAGAUAACCACAGAGACGCAAACAGAUUUUUAAUGAAUCUUCCUUUUCAUCAUUAUCAGUGAUGUUUCGUCCCAUUCCCCAUGCUAAGUUGAUUCCAUGUUCCUUGGGCGUGGCUUACAGAGGAGAGAGUGGUCAAGCUUGGUGUGCAAAGUGGUUCCCCUGUGCCAUGCACGAGAAGAUAGCGGCUGGAUUUUCUGAUGGUGAGAACUGUUCAGCACGAAAAAUCAAUAGAUUUUGCUAAGUUUCCUCCACAGCACCGACACCUGUUGCUAUAUAAUUUGACAUGGUGAUUUGGCUAUGCCGUUGUAAUUUCUAAAAAGCGCCUGUGGAGUAAAAGAUCAAUUUUUGUGAAUGGUAUCGGUGUUACAACUCAGGCUUAACAUUUGUCCUUAAUCGUUACUAUUGACUUCGUAAGCUGGAUAUUCCUAGAGUGAUAGAGUUGAUAGAAUGUACAAUAAAAAUCGACCUCAGUGUCUUGUUUUUUUAGGGGGUAGGGGCAGCAAUUUUCCUUGAAAGAACCCUUUUCGGGUUUAUUGCAUGCUAAUGUUGACACGUCUUUCAGGAUCGGUGGCAAUAUGGAAUCUCACGACAGAAUCGCCAUUGCUAAAGGAAACCGAGAAUGAAGGAAAAACAUUUCGUGAGUAUACACGUACUCAUUCCCAUUGACUUUCGAUAGCUUCCAGACUUAACCUUUACUGUAGGGCAGUGGUGAUGACUGAACGUCUUGGAAAGAAAUUUGUAUAAUGACUUAAUGAACACAGACUUAAUUUAGGCCUACGAAUGAAUGAGACAUCCUUUACAAUUUUUGAGACAUGGUAUAAACUUUUGUCCUAUUUGUACCAGAAACUCAGAAAAUUAAUUAACCACCGCAGAGGUUAUAUUCUAAAGCUCUCCCUUCCUAUUUUUAGUAGAAAUUCACUGCCUUUUCAAAUAGGUGGCAUCAUCGAAGGAUAAAUGAUUUGCCAAAGUCUCCAAUCUCAAUAUUUCAUAAAGAGAUACCAAUGGGUGGCUUCUUGUGUAAUUCUCUGGAGAUGGAAGUUUGUUUGUCUUUUUACUGCAUAGUUCGCUGAUUUUAUAUUUUUAAUGUCAUCUUUUGCAGGUCUGGCUCCUUUUCUUCAUAUUCUAGCGAACUCAUCAGUGAUCAAAGAUCUGGCUUGGUGCCGAGAAUGUCCUGACUACCUUGUGACAGGUAAACCAUAAACUUUGUGAUCACAGGUAUACCAACUAUGCUGCAAUGCUGACAUCAUUGGCAGUAAGAUGAGAAAAGAUUAGCGCAGGAGUUAGUGGGUGUUAGGGAGGGGGGGUGGGGGGAAGGGAAGUUUCCUUGAUACCACAACGCAUUUCAUGUCACAUUUUUCACCGUUUGAUCUUUUUGAUAUCGUGAGUUGUAUCAGUUGCCCCUUUUCACCCUGGCGUCAGUAUACAUUUUCCUCAUACUGUUCUCCAUACAUUUCCUAAGGUGCUGACAAGGAGAAUUUGUCUAACAAUCAAGAGCUUCUUUUGUGGGUGAUCAUUUCCUUUAUUCUCAUGACCUUUAUGUUUGAUUCGGGGGAUGAUAUUGUAAGGAGAAAUUAGAUGCCAGUCACCCUUGAGGUCAAAGGGUUAACUAUAUGUCUUUGUGUCUGAUUUCCAGGGAGUUAUGAUCGAUUGUAUAAAGUGUGGGAUCUUAAGUCUCCCUUGAUGCCAGUAGCUGUCAUAAAACGAGGUACUCGUUUGAAUCAACUUCGCUUCAUAUUAUUGUUUACAUGAAAGAGAAAGUAACUGUUACGAAUUACAUGACCGGUGAAUUAUGCCCAUUUAAGAGGGGUGGUCACUCGGCUGCUUAAUGAACACUUUUAUUUAUGUGAAAGAUGAUCUUAUAUAGUGAAUGACACAAAAGGAGCAAAUUCUAUGACCCAAUGAUACUUUCACUUUUCAACUACUGCUGAGUAAUCUGGGAUGGCUGCGGAAAAACAAAUCGAGACUUCCUGAACAAAUUGCAACUUCGAACAGCUCGUAUCAUCGAAGGACGUAAAGUAAAAAGUGCAGGCGGUACUUUCAGCUGGCCCUCCUUAGAAAAUCACACGAAAUAUCACACUUGCCUCCAAGCGUUUAAAUGCCUACACGGUCUCACGCUCGCCUAUCCCUUGAAUGGAUCUAGUUUUUCCACCAAAUAUUAUGCCUUCAAUACCAGAUAUAGAGACCUUUUGCAAUUACCCCUGCUAAAACAUCGAAAUAUUAAGGUUCCUUUAGUUACAAAGGUGUAAAUGCGUGGAAUACUCUGACUUAUAAACUACGAAACAUGACUUAACUGCCGGCCUAAUUUUAAGAAACUUCUCAAACUUCAUUUAUGUAAUUGAUGCGAUGUACUAUGAAAUGUAAUGUAUGCUUUUUAUCUUAAGUGUAAAUUGUAAUUUGUUGUGGGCUCCUCUUGUGUUUUAUAUUUCUAAGUCCAUUUUUUUUUACGUAAUAUCUCCUAAGCAGGCCUCUAUUCAAACCUGCUUGAAGCUGAACUGGGCAAGCCUGCAUAAAUAUCACUAAUAAAUAAAUAAAUAAAUAAAUAAAUAAAUAAAUAAAUAAAUAAAAGGAACUCUUAGUGCUCUCAAUGGAAGUGGAACUUGCGACUUUCCGAUUAGUACUUUCUACCACUGAACUAUGAGGGCCGGUCAUUUACACAAGGUCUAACCCAAACCGUGGUUUUACGUAAGCAGUGGGCCUCGGUGAUUCAGUGCUAGACCCCUUGCAGACCUCUUUCGACUUGCGUUUCUCAAGGAACCCUACCCAUCUGCGGGCAAAGAAACACUCGUACAGAAGCGCUUACAAUGAGAAGUGCUUGUAGGCUAACUUGGUUUCUACGAUGAGGUCCAAAAUUAGCAUUGUAGCAAAAUUGAGUUUUUAGAGCGAUAUUUAAAUCUUUUUUUUUUUUUUUUGCCUCACAACUUACAGGUGUACCGCAUGAGAUUCAUUGGCCGUACGGUUUUGCUAAUAUUAUGAGCUGUGAAGACGAUGCAUUUCAGAAUCUGACGUACCCGUGCGUUGCAAGAUACUUCACAUUCCAAACCAACAAAGAUGAGAGAUUGACCAAUCUAGCGUCCACUCAUAACUGCACAAUCUGGGUAUGUACAUUGUCUUAGAAAUUCUCGAUAUACAAUCAUCCUUUUCACCGACUGCCUUCCUAAUGAGCUCACUAAAAAGAUCCCGCUACUGCGCUUCCCAAUCUUGGUCUUCUUGGCAAGCUCUUUCGAGUGUGACCUUUGCGGCCUUCAUUACAUAGAUUAGGACAGUCAUUGCGCGAUUGGCCUUGGGAAGCACUUUUUUCCCCUCCCUCUCCCUGAUGAAUGUGACUGCAUCACCCAGUCUCCCUGCGUACUUUUUCCUUAUACUUUUACGGAUUCGUGCCGUAAGUUAGCCUACCGUGGCGAUUAAUCAUUUAACCCUUUAACCCCUAAGAGUGACUAGCAUCUAAUUUCUCCCUAUAAUAUCACUCCUGAAUCACAUAUUAAGGUCAUGAGAAUAAAGGAAAUGGUCACCAGGGAGGGAACCUUUUGAUUAGCAAACAAAUUCUCCUUGACAGCACCUUUGGAAAUCUAUAAAGAACAGUGUGGAGAAUGUGCAUACUGAUGUUAGGGUGUAAAGGGUUAAAGACUAAUUUUCAAAUAAGUGUCGAAGGUAAACCGGGAUUGCUUUGUUGUUUUUGUUUUUUUUUUUUUUAUUACUUAGCUCUGUCAUUGGUCCAGAAAACUCGUGCUGCAAAACUUAAACCAAUCACGACGUGGUCGCUCGCCUUUUCCCGCGCUUUAGGCAUUUGGGUGGUUUUUCUUUUCUUUGAAAUCUUAUUGGCUUUUGAUGGUACUUUUCUUUCCUCUGAUUGGCCGUUAAUUUCGGGUUUUGUUUUCACGACACUCAAUCAAAAAGCGCCCUUAUACAGGAAAUUAGUCAUAUUUGGCCUGAGGAUAACAGGUAAUGAGCUUUUUUUUACGCUCCAACAGAGUAUAUCGAUGUCUGAGUGGUCAAACAUCUUGGCCUGUGGCGAUGCUGCCGGCGAGGUUGUAGCUGUCCAUGUCUUACCGAAGAAACGGAAAACGUUUGCUAGAUUUGUAAGAAUGAGUGGUAAACUUUUAGAUGUCUAAUAUUGAUCUCCGCAAGGUAGAAGCUUUUCGCUACAUUAAGUCUGUAACCCUGAUAAUGUCAUAUUUAAUCAGAUGAUCCCAUAUAUCGUUGAACGACAUUUUCACUCGAACAACUCACAGCAGUUACUUACUGACUAGUUAUAUUACAAUCGCUGGUCAUUUUUCAUCAGACAUUUACUCUCGAAAAAAUCGUUUGGAAAAGUAACUCGGCUAAGUUGGUUAUAUAUUUUCUUGACGCAUUCGUACAAAAAGACGUAUUCGUUGUAUCACUUAUCACCUGUUCUUUUGGUUUGUCAUUGCUCGAGAUUCUCACCCACAUCCUCACUGGAAAAAAAAUGGAAACUGUGUUUGUAAGAACGGAAGCGACAGGUGAGCGAAGAAAGCGAGGCUCGUUCCAACAGCAAAAAAUCUGAUAUUUAUUAUUAUUAUUUCUUCAAGGGCAUUUACAGGGCGUUUUUGGAAGAAAUUGCCGGUAAUUCUUCAUCUAGUGAACAAAAUAAGGAAGAUUUUUCUCAAAGAGAACAGAAAAACGCUGACUCAGUCGAGGAAACUCAAACGGAUGGUUCUGCCGGUGACAAUGGUUCAUCUACUGACAGGAAGAUGAAAGAAAUCCUUGCUUCUAAAGAAAAAUCUUCAAUGAACGUGUCAACCUCGAAAUCAGAUGCAGACGAGAUGAUGGAAACCACCAAUGCGUCUGGGAAAACUGAUGCUGACGCAAAAAAGGGAACACCCACUCCACCAAAGACUUUAGGAGAAGUGUUUGAGAAACACAGACUUGUGUUUCAUGAUGUUAAUGCAGUAAGUUUCUUAAUCGGAAGGUCGUAUGUUCGACUCCCAUGGGGAGCACUUGGAGUUCCGUUUCUCUCUGUAUGCUAGUUUCGUUCAUCAAAUAGCAUCAUCUUCCACUUAAAAAAUAUCAAGCUUAAAAUUGCCAUCUUUAUUUACAUCAUCAUUGAGCAGAAGCGUCACAUAUCGACAAUCUUAUCCUUGUGGUAUGCAAAAAGUUUGUCACCGUGGACCUAGUUAAGCGGCCAAGCCUGCCACGAGUCUCCUAUAGCUCAAUAGUAGAGCAUCCGAAGUACUAGUCAGAAGGUCCUGGGUUUGACUUCUAUUAGGAGCGCUCAGAGUUCUUUUCUUCAAGUUUGACGGUUUCAUUCACCGAAUAACAUCAUCUUUCGCUUAUUAACACUCUGGGUGACUUUUUUGUCUCUCCUUCUCUACUUAUUUAUUCACUCAUCCAUCUAUCUAUCAAGUUAUUUAUUUAUUCUUUCACUAUUGAUUCACUUACGUCUGUGAAAAUAACGCUCAUUAUAUUUUUUUUAUGAUCAUUUGGCGACAUGAUGCAUAUGUAUGUUUUUCUUCUCCUCUUUUAGUUGGAGUUUAAGGACAGAGUUGACAAAUCAGAUCCAGAUUUCAAACGCCUUCUUUCGCCGAGCACUAUGCAAACCAUUCCGUAUGAUCAAUUUGCCAAUCCUCAAGCGAUACAUAAGGUGCGAAAUAUUCGUGACAUGCGUGAGUUGUGGUAAAAUCUUCUCGUCAUUACUUCAGCAGUAUCAAACUACCCUUUCCAAUGAAAGUAAAGGAAAUUUUUAAAAUUAAUGGUGAGGAAAAGGGUCUACACUACAAGAAAGCACCUGAUUUAAGAACUACAUACGACAAAAAUUAAGAAGAUGGUCUUAUUUAGAGUCGUUUUUGUUACCCGACGCCCAUUUCUCGAAAGUCCCGGUAACUUAUCAGGCCUGAAGCUAUAUAUUUAAAAUUAAAAUUGAAAUAAAAGCAAAUUAGUUUGUGGCUUUCAAACCAGUCCACUUUGUUUCUCUAGCUGAUGAAUCUAUUAUAAAAAUUUCAAAACUUGAAAUUCCCAUCUUCAGUGAAAACAGAACAGCUUUACGGGCCCGUAGAGUUACCUGGGGCUCGUUCCUCGAAGGUCCCGGUAACUUAUCGGGCCCACAAACCUGUUAUGUUUUCAUUCACCCGAAGGGUUUAAAAUUUUUCAAAAAUUAUCCAGCAAAAAUUUCAGCUUAAGAAACAGAAUGGAUUGGUUAGGGUGCUAGAACCUGUGUCUCUACUCAGGAACUUCAAGAAAAGGGCCCCAGGCCUGCAAAGCUGUUAUGUUUCCAUUUAAGAUGGGUGUUUAAAAGGGUUUGAAAAUUUUAAUAAAGAAGUAUUAGCUGAAUUUAGUAGGGUGACAGAACCUGGUUCUCUACUCUUUCAAAAUAUGGUUUCGGGACUUUCGAGAUUCGGGUCCCUGGGCUAUUGAAUUUACCCAAAACCUUACAAACGCCCACUUUAUUUCAUUUAUUUGAAACUUUGUGUGAUUACCACCUAUAAUAUUUACUUUGAUUCUAGAAAUGUCAGUGGUUAGGAAUUUCAAACUCAUUUUGGAGUUAUUUAUGUUAAGAGGUAGUGUCGCUUCACGUUUACAAUGUAAUCUUGAAAGCUUGAGUUUUGAAAAGCCUUCUUAACGGCAAUUCCAACAUUUCGAAUUCAAGUUAACCUUUAACCCCCUCAAGUGAUUAAUGUGUAACUUCUCUCUAUCCCGAUAUCUCCCCAUACAGGUAAUGAGAAUACUUAAACUUAUCAGCUAGAAGUUGCUAUCUUGAUCUAACACCAAACUCUCGUAAAUAAUUUACAAGGAAUUGUGUAGAAGCUAGAAGGGAGAAUUAACAAUCAGAUCUUGGGAGUUAAAGGGUUAGAAAGACAUUGAAUUUUUUCACUGACUACUUUUGUUGUGACUACUUUCAUCUUCUGGUUUGAUUCAUAUGUCAAGUUUAUUUAUUUAUUUUUUUUCCAGGUCCGUUUUAAUCCUAAUAAACAAUCCUACAUGUGGCUCGCCUCAGGUUGCGCCUCGGGUCUGGCAAGACUCCAUUUAGUCAAGCAGGUCACCACGUGACAUGGCAUGUUAGGACACGUGUUGCUUCCUGGAUUGUAAAGGAUGUUGAGAAUUAUGGAGAUUUGAAAAGGCAAUGUCUCCCUUUAAAUCGGCAGCAUGGCCAUGCUGAUAAACAUGAUGGAGUUCAUCCGUGACUGAUUAACCAGGAGCUUUCCUGAGAGACGAUAAAACUAGGGGACUGGAUCCCCAUUCAGGCUUUAUUUAUUCGGCAAUCGAUCUCCAGUUAUUGGCCGUUUUAACCUAGAGACGUUAAAGUUGUCUAAGACGUUAAAGUCGUCUCGAGACGACUUUAACGUCAAGUAUAAAAACGGUAGUUUACCGUCUCGAAUUUAAAGUCUCGAGACGACUUUAACGUCUUAGACAACUUUAACGUCUCUAGCAUAAAAACGGCCAUUCAUUCAUAAAUCACUCCCGUUUUCAGAUAUGCUGGAGGAAUAGGCAAUCG